AUGUCCGCCGUUCAACUCUCCUUCUCCCUCCGCGUCUCCUCCGGCGUCAAGGCCGUCCACCUGCUCGGCUCCUGGGACAACUACGUCGGCCAACUGCCACUCGCCAAGGACAAGACUUCGUCCAAGUCGGGCUCCUGGAAGGGCACCUUUCGCUUCCAGAACUCGACUCUGCAGACCGGCCAGCGCUACUGGUACUACUACAUCAUUGACGGGUACCACGUCGCGCACAACCCCAGCAUCGCCUCCACCACGGAACCCACGACCGGCCGCGAGCUCAACAUCCUCGACGUCCCCUCUGACAAGACUUCCUCUUCCUCGUCAAAGUCCUCCAAGUCGUCGUCUUCCAAGUCGUCUUCCAAGUCCUCCUCCUCCUCCUCGUCCAAGUCUUCGUCCUCGUCCAAGUCCUCCAAGUCGAGCAGCAAGAGCUCCUCCUCUUCGUCCCGACACCACUCCUCCUCCAGGGACAAGGAGCGCUCAUCCUCGCGCAAGAGCCUCUCCGUCGACAUCCCCAAGGGCCGGCCGCUCUCCAUCUCCCAGAUCCAGGCCCCCAAGCCCAUGUCGCCGCACGCCACCAAGCACCUGCUCGAGUCCGACUACCACGGCAACGAGGAGCUCGAGGAGCUGGCUGCCCGCUUUGGCACCGCCGGCCUCGACGACGACCUCGUCACCGACUUCAGCACAUCGCCCGUCUCCUCCGUCGGCUCCGGCUUCUCCUCCCGCUCCGGCAGCUCCUCGCCCUCGUCCUCGCUCUCCGGCUACAGCACACCUGCUACGGACUGCAGCACCUGCACCUGCGAGCGCUAUGGCAUCACCCGCCGGGGCGAGCGCGUCAAGCUCGACUGCGGCGGCUCCCGCUGCGGCUACGGCGACUCGGAGGAUUCCUGCGCCAGCGACGCCAGCGACUACGAGUCCGAGGACGAGCACGUUCGCCACCACGUCUCCCGCCGCCACGGCAUCAUCGUCUCGUGA